CGCCCUCCCGGAGUGAGUGGAAGGGAGGGGAGGGGCGGGAGCGAAUCGGGGACCCACGAGGCUCAGCCGCCCGCCGGUGAUCCUUCGGAAAGAAAAGUUGCCCUCAGACCUCCUCCAGCUUGGCACUUCCUUCCCCUGGCGCUGCUGUUGAGGUGGAGUCGGGCGGGGAGGAGCCGCACAGAGAGACCUGCAAGGUCUCCGGGGACAGGCUGGCUCCCCUGCCUCGGUACUCAGCACUGGUGUCGCCCCGGGUCUGCGUCCUCAGGUCCAGACACAAACUUUCUGGAUUGUCUGUCCCGGGACCUUUGUCGGGCAAGUCCCACACCACGCGGGUAAGAGGAGCCACGGCCAGGGAGACAGAUUCUGAAAGUCUUGGAGUUCCUAGCAGUGCCAAGUGCUGGAGAAGUUGUUCUGCUCCUCUGUCUGAUAGAGGGAAGUGAGCAAGGACAACCAACAGGAGGUUGAGGAGUGCAGUCACAGGUCUCGGAAGGUGACAAUGAAAUGCGAAGAUGUUACAUUUCUAAUGUGAUACUUGAAAGUUAGUGACUGCUUACAAAAUUUUUGUGAAAAUUAAAUAUGACUUAGCAGCGUUGAUUUAUGAAGUUUUAUGAUGUCAUCGGUCGCGACUGAAAGCAAACCCCAGCAGGCCGUGAGCCUGCAAGGAGUUGACCCGGAAACAUGCAUGAUUGUGUUUAAGAACCACUGGGCCCAGGUUGUGAAGAUCUUAGAGAAGCACGACCCCUUGAAGAACACCCAGGCAAAAUACGGAUCCAUCCCUCCAGAUGAGGCCAGCGCGGUGCAGAACUAUGUGGAACACAUGCUCUUCUUGCUGAUCGAAGAGCAAGCCAAGGAUGCCGCCAUGGGGCCAAUUCUGGAAUUUGUGGUCUCCGAGAACAUUAUGGAGAAACUCUUCCUUUGGAGCUUGAGGCGGGAGUUUACCGAUGACACUAAAAUCGAACAGCUAAAGAUGUACGAGAUGCUGGUCACCCAGUCGCACCAGCCGCUGCUGCACCACAAGCCCAUUCUGAAGCCCCUGAUGAUGUUGCUGAGCUCUUGUUCGGGAACGGCCACCCCUGCCGUGGAGGAGAAGCUGGUCGUCUUGCUCAACCAGCUCUGUUCCAUCCUUGCCAAAGACCCGUCCAUUCUGGAACUCUUCUUCCACACGAGUGAGGACCAAGGGGCGGCCAACUUCCUCAUCUUCUCCCUUCUGAUUCCCUUUAUUCACCGAGAGGGGACAGUAGGGCAGCAGGCCCGGGAUGCUUUGCUUUUCAUCAUGUCUCUCUCUGCUGAGAACAGCGUGGUGGCCCGUCACAUCGUGGAGAACACGUACUUUUGUCCAGUGCUCGCCACCGGACUCAGUGGUCUCUACUCUUCCCUGCCCACAAAGCUGGAAGAGAAAGGCGAGGAGUGGCACUGCCUUCUCAGAGACGACUGGCUUCUCCUCCCUUCCCUCGUGCAGUUCAUGAACUCCCUGGAGUUCUGCAAUGCCGUCAUCCAGGUGGCUCAUCCCUUGAUUCGUAAUCAGCUUGUCAGUUAUAUUUACAACGGGUUCUUGGUCCCUGUCUUGGCUCCUGCUCUCCAUAAGGUGACUGUGGAGGAAGUCAUGACCACAACUGCGUACCUGGACCUUUUCCUGCGCAGCAUCUCCGAGCCGGCGCUGCUUGAGAUCUUCCUCCGCUUCAUCCUGCUGCACCAGCACGAGAACGUCCACAUCCUGGACACGCUCACGAGUCGGAUCAACACCCCCUUUCGCCUCUGUGUGGUGUCCCUGGCCUUAUUUAGAACUCUCAUCGGUUUGCACUGUGAAGAUGUGAUGUUACAACUAGUUCUGAGGUAUCUGAUCCCCUGCAACCACAUGAUGCUGAGUCAGAGGUGGGCUGUGAAGGAGCGAGACUGUUACUCCGUGUCUGCGGCCAAGCUGCUCGCCCUGACCCCGGUCUGCUGCUCCAGCGGGAUCACCCUGACGCUCGGGAACCAGGAGAGGGAUUAUAUUCUCUGGUCAAAGUGCACGCACGACAGUUCAGGGCCCCUGGAGCAGCCGCUCCCUGAGGCACCCCCUCUGUCGGCCUGCAUCGUGGAGUGCGGCAAAGCCCUGGACAUCAGCUACCUGCAGUACCUCUGGGAGGCCCAUGCCAACAUUCUCCAGUGCAUGCGGGACUGCCGCGCCUGGUCCGCCCUCUACGACGGGGACUCACCGGACGCGGAGACGUUCCUGCAGACGCUGACGGAGGACCGAGCUCCCAGCCCCACGUCCCCCGCGGGCAGGCCCCCGCAGCAGCCCCCCAGGCAGAUGGGACCCGUGCUGGUGGCUCCGAGGAAGGACAAGAGCCAGACGGACCUGGAGUGGGACGACAGCUAUGACACUGGGAUCUCCUCGGGGGCAGACGUGGGCUCCCCCGGGCCCUACGACGAUCUGGAGGGUUCUGGCCAGCCGAUGCCGGUGGACCCCCCCAAACACAUCCAGGAGAUGAAGAAGAACGCCAUCCUCCGCUUCAAAGGGACCUACAUUGAAGAGUCGGACUUUCAGGACGACGUGAUGGUAUACCGGCUGUGUGCGGAGAAGGACUCUGAGGACGCCCCGAAUUCACAGGAGGAGCCUGCGGGGCCCGCCCAUGGCCGGACUGAGGUCCAGAGCCCCCCCCUGAACAACGGCCCCCUGCCCAGCCCUCAGCCCGAAACAGAUUCAGAGGAAGAGCCGAACAGGGGCGGCUCAGGCACGUUUCUGAGCGUGUCCCGGGAACCACAGCGGGAGCGGGGUCCCGAAGGAGCCCCAGAACCACACGCAGAGCCAGCACCUCCUGUCUCCGAGGCAGUGCACCAUUCAGACCUGAUGGUGAUGGACCCCGAGGGUGAAGAUUUCAUUGCCCAGUACGACCAAAUCAUUAAGGAACUGGAUUCUGGCGCUGAGGGCUUGAUGGGCCAGGACUUCUCUCCACCUGAUCCCUCGCUCCUCACAAAUGAGCAAGAGGGGAAGGAGGACCGCAGAGGCGAAGAGGAGGAGGAGGAGGAGGGAAAGCGGGAGCUGGAAGAGGAGGAGGAGGAGGACUUCGACUCUUUUAUAGCGGACGCCCCUGCCGCAGAGGCCGUGCCGUCGCCCUUCGGGGUGAGAGAGGACACUGACUUUGCCGGUCACCGCCCCUCGAGGACUCAGAGCAUCCCGUUCACAGGCCCCUUCAUCAGCGUGGUGCUGUCCAAGCUGGAGAACAUGCUGGAGAACUCCCUGCACGUCAAUCUGCUGCUCAUCGGGAUCAUCACGCAGCUGGCCAGCUACCCCCAGCCGCUGCUGCGCUCCUUCCUGCUCAACACCAACAUGGUCUUCCAGCCCAGCGUCCGCUCUCUCUACCAGGUCCUCGCGUCUGUGAAAAACAAGAUUGAACAGUUGGCGUCUGUGGAGAGAGACUUCCCAGGACUCCUCAUACAAGCCCAGAAAUACCUGCUCUUCCGCGUGGACGUGUCCGAUGCGACACCGGAGUCACUCACCAAAGAUGCCACUCAGGAUGCCUCCAGGACAGGGACUGGCAAGAGCCUUUUGGAUGGUCCGCCCAGAGUGCUUCAGCCCUUCCUGGCCACCAGAGCCAAGGCGGCUGGGGUGCCCCCGAGCCUGCCCCUGCCGGUGAGGAACGCCAUGCUGGCCGCUGCCCUCUUCCCCGAGUUCCUGAAGGAGCUGGCCGCCCUGGCCCAAGAACACUCCAUCCUCUGCUACCAGAUCCUGGGCGACUUUGAGGACUCCUAUUGUUAGCAUUUUUGUGUUUAAAUAGAGGUACUUUUUUUUUUUAAGGUUUAGUGUCUUGACUGAAUGUUAAAUGCAAAGCUGCUUACAAAAACUUCUACUUUGAUAUUUCCUGACAAUACUUGAUUUUUGGGGAGGGGAAUUUUCUCUGCACCUCCUCUGUCUCUAGCCGGGUCUUCCCGCCCUGUGGUAUGUAGACCGUAAGUCUCGUAAGCUGGUUGCUCCUUUGGCGGGUUUUCUUUGCUCUGUCUUUUCUCCUCAAAUUUUGGGUGGUUGUUCUCCCAUCCAUUUGAGUCAACUCAUGUUGCUGCGUAGAUCAAACCCAGCGAACAUGGGGGUUCAGUGAUUUCUGGAAGUACCCCGUGUCAGAAGGUCAGCUCUUCAGUGAAGAGCACGUGAAGGAAGCACGUCCAUCCCUGCUGACUCCUGCUUCCGUUUUGUAAAAGGGAAGAGUCGCGAUGGAGCUUCCACUGCCUUCAUCACAUAAGGGCGUAUCAUGUGACCCUUUGCAUUUUACACCCGGGACUCAUGUUCUGCCCAACAUGCAUUGCCUUAUGGCGCAGGCAAACCUGCUGGUCUCGGCUGUCUGCCUGGGAAGUCAGAUGUGGUUGGAGAGAAUGUACUAUGCCGGGAAAUUUUCUUGUUGCUGGAGAGCUUACUUUACUCAGUGGAGCACUACCUAAACACUGAAAGUAGCCUUAUUUUCCUAAGAUUUGCACAAAAUGAAACAUACCUAUGCAAGCUGUUUCUUUGGUGUUUAGGAGACUGCUUGGAAGAAAGCAUGCUAUCAUCUAUAAGAUGAGCAUCAUUAUUUCUAAAGUGUUUUACAAAAAACAUUGAUUUGUGAAGCUGUUUCAUAGAGUAGUUUUGUGUGUAUGUGGUGGUGGGAGACUAUGGAGGGGAAAGGAUAAAGGUAAACUAAACACAGCCUCAAAAAUCACUGGUGAUUAAAUUUUGUUUGCUUUUCCUAACGAGUUGCACUUUGUAGAGGAGCAGGAACUGGACGGCCACGCUGGGAACUGGGAUGUACAUGCAAAUGGGUCACAGGGAGCCCUGCAAAGCCAAGUGCCUGCUGGUGACGGGCUCCACACAGAGCCACCACUGCCUUCGCCUUCCGAGUGAUGGGCUUGGGGAGAAGGCCCCAGGGUGAUGCAUUAGUGCCUAUGCUGCUUUUCAGCCCAGCUGCUCCAGUUACACUUAGAGCCCCAGUCUCCUAAGCCUCCGCCAAGGGGGGAGACACAAAAUAACUGUGGGCUGAAAAGGAGACUGUAGACAACUGGUGUUUAUGGAUAGUCAAUUCUACCUCCCUCUGCUUUGGGCAGGUGAGAAGCACCUACAAGGAUGAGCCUCCUUGUUCAGAGGGAAGUUCGAAGUCCCAGUGGUGGCAGCCGGGGUGGGGGUGGUGGUAGGGGAGAGGGGGUGGGCAGCCACCAGUCUGGUGGUGUGUCUCCGGAGCCCUGGUUUCAUUUUAAUCAGCCUCUAGUACAGGAGGGGGUGGAGGACACGAUGACAUCUGAGACUCCGCAGAGCAGAGGCUGCCCUGCACUGCUCAGGGGCCUCGAAGCAGCUUUGCAUUGAAAGUGUGCAGCAGCCCGUGGAGUGACGACCCCAGGAGACCUGGCUUAGGCUGGGUGGCUCUUAGGGGCCAGUCUUGCAGUGUUUCCGAGUCUAAGCAAGAAACCAAAGAUGCCAAUUUAUUGUACGUUUCUGAGUCCAAGUUUGUUUGCCUGGAGGAGUGGUUUGCCGGCUGUGCUGCAGCAGUCAGAGUGCACGCGGCCCUGCAGACUGGCCUGUCCCAGGCUCCCUGGCGCCCUCCUGUACCUGUAUGACUGCCAAGUCUCUGCUGGGAAAGAAGGUGGCAUGAGGGAGGGAGGAGAGAGGGACGGAGAGACGGAGUUUUAAGCUGUGAGUUGUUACUGUCCUCUCCCUUUGUUUUGUGCAAGUAUUUAUCCUCCAGUUUGGACUUACCAGGUAUAGGGGAUGCUCAAGUUGCAUCUGGAAACUGUAUUAUUUAAGCUUUUAGGUUUGAUUUACACUUCUCUCCAUUAUCUGGUGAUAGUGUCGAUUCUUUCUCAGGAGUCUAUGUCACUUUGUUAUAGAAUGCCACAGACCCCUUUGCAGAAUGUGCCCUUUGGGAAAGGGAUUGAUCUUGUGCCUCUUAGUAUUUUUUUUUAAAUUAGGUACUGAAUAGACUGCCCUUCCAGGAGACAGAGAUGACCAGGGUCUGGGGUGAGGCAGGAAGAGGAACUCCAGUGCUGGGGUGCUGGCAGCAAGCUCCCAUGGACACCCCUCUGCACCUGGAUGCUGGCCUGCCGCAGCCCUCCCCUAGGGCACUGUGUCCAGGGCUUUUCAACGUGCAUUCAGAAAGUCGCCCUGGAAGUACGUAACAGAAAACCGGAAGACCCACGUGGCUGAGGGGAGCAGCCAGGUGGGUCAGGUGAGGGUGGUUCCGGGCGUGGUGCGGACGAGCCAGGGGGAAGGCAGCAGAACUCCGAGGCUACAAACAUGAGCAACACAAGUCCUGGGGGUUUGAGGAGCGAACACUGUCCAGAUGGAUAGGAAGACACUGUACAGCAGGUGGGUGAUGAGGGGGGACUCCUGGGUGGGAGAAAAUCCUGGUAACGGAGUAGAAUACUCAUCGUACAGCAGGUACGGCCCUUAGAAAUAUCUUUUCUGUAAUGAGUUUGGGAAAGAAAAUUUAAAGAUACCUGGCAUACUUUAAGAUGUGGCCCAAGAGCAGAGACACCUCUCCUCGGGGUCAGGCCUGCGUGUCCAACGCUGUGCUCCUGGCGGCAGACAGUGGGCGGGGCCUUCGGUGUGGCCCCGGGGUAGGCGUCACCGUGUCUAGCCCGACGGUCCCGGGCAAUGAAGGCGAGUCAAGGGUUCCUGGAACGUCACAUUAACCUCAAUUCAUAAUUCAGGGUCUGAGAUUAAGUUUGGAUGGAGAGAAUUUUGUGGUAUAAAGUAUAUGAGAGCACUGGGAUAUUUAAAAUUGAUUUUUGGAAAUGGUCUUAAGUCUUUAAACAAAGAAUUUCAGGUUUAGUCGGAAAUAGCAUUUCAGGAGUAUAAAUUACAGUUUCUCAGCCAUGACUCGGGGAUGCCGGAGUUACCAAUCAGAGGUGAGAUUUUAUCAGUGGAUGCUUUCUUUUCCUGGUAUUUAGAGGAAUUAUGAAAUUGUCCCCAUUUUUCUUAGUAUCCCAGGGGUGGGCGAAUGUGGGUUUACAGCUGUAACCACACUGAAUACUACUACAAGG